AUGGAAGGCACAGUGCUAUGCACCGCCAACUACGCGCCUCUAACGCCCAUCAGCUUCCUUGAGCGCUCAGCUCUGGUUUACCCCGACCGACCAGCCAUCGUGUCCUCUGGCCGCCUCGGCAGCGCGCCGAUGAAAUCCUGGCGGGAGACACGGCGGCGCUGCCUGCGCCUCGCCGCCUCUCUCGCUGCGCUCGGCGUCGCGGGGCACGACGUGGUCGCCGUGUUCGCGCAAAACAUUCCAGCGAUGUGCGAGCUCCACUUUGGCAUCCCGAUGGCCGGGGCUGUUAUCUGCGCGCUCAACUCGCGCCUGGACGCGACCAUGGCGUCUGUCCUGCUGCAGCACUCGGAUGCCAAGGUCAUCUUCGUCGACUACGCUCUGCUCGACGUUGCAAAACAAGCUCUCAGCCUCGUGUCCAAGACCGGAGCUAAACCUCCCCUUGUGGUGUUAAUCAAAGAGCUUCUCGACGAAUCACCACCACCCCAUGAUGGAUCUCAAGCCGCCACCGCCAAUGAGAAAGCUUUCCAUCACUACGAGUAUGAGGCUCUCAUCAGCAGCGGUGGGUCGCCGGACUUCCGAAUCCGGUGGCCGGCGGACGAGAACGAGCCCUUAGCCCUGAACUACACGUCAGGGACGACGUCGAGGCCCAAGGGCGUCGUCUACACCCACCGUGGCGCCUACCUGAACAGCAUCGCGACGGUGAUCAUGAACGAGAUGGUGGGCACGCCGCCGGUGUACCUGUGGACCGUGCCCAUGUUCCACUGCAACGGCUGGUGCCUCGUGUGGGGCGUCGCGGCGACGGGCGGGACCAACGUCUGCCUGCGCAAGGUCACCGCGGCCGCCGUCUUCGACAGCAUCGCGCGGCACGGCGUGACCCACAUGGGCGGCGCGCCGACGGUGCUGAGCAUGAUCGUGAACGCCACCGCGGAGGAGCGCAGGCCGCUGCCGCUUCCCGCCCGCGGGGGGAGGCCGGUGAUCGUCAAGGCCGGCGGAGCGCCGCCGCCGCCGCAGGUUCUGCUGCGGAUGGAGGCGCUCGGGUUCCUCGUCAUCCACGGGUACGGGAUGACGGAGACUUACGGCCCGGCGACGUUCUGCGCGUGGAAGCCCGAGUGGGACGCGCUGCCGCCGGAGCAGCGGGCGAGCCUCAGGGCCCGGCAGGGGCUCCACCACCUGGGGCUGGAGGUGGACGUCAAGGACCCCGUCACGAUGCGGAGCGUGCCGGCGGACGGGCGCACCCUGGGGGAGGUUGUGCUCCGUGGCAACACGGUGAUGAGCGGCUACUACAAGGACCCCGCGGCGACGGCGGAGGCACUGGCCGGUGGAUGGCUCCGGUCUGGGGACCUGGCAGUCAGGCACGGCGACGGGUACGUCAAGAUCAUGGACCGUUCCAAGGACAUCAUCAUCUCCGGCGGGGAAAACAUCAGCACCAUCGAGGUGGAGGCGGCGCUCUUCGCGCACCCGGCCGUGGCGGAGGCAGCGGUCGUGGCGAGGCCGGACGAGUACUGGGGCGAGACGCCGUGCGCGUUCGUCACGCUAAGGGAUGGCGCCGACGCCGUUGGCGAGGAGGACGUGAUCGCCUUCUGCCGCGCCAGGCUUCCGCGCUACAUGGUACCCCGCACGGUGGUGUUCGUGCCCGAGCUGCCCAAGACGGCGACGGGGAAGGUGCAGAAGGUCCUUCUGCGAAACCAGGCUAAAGCCAUGGGCUCCAAAUCCAAACUGCUGAGGGGAGGAUCAGCACCGACGACGAGCAAGCUCUGA